ACAUUUUUUUCCCCUUUUAAUUAUGAAUAGACGUCGAAAAUGGAGAGCAAGUUUAUGAGCGUUUAUCCAGGAGCUGGCACUGUGGCUUUAAGGCGGAUAAUGGAUGCUAUGUCGUUAUUCUAUGAAAAGCGCUCAGCGGCCCAUCGGCGCAAACACUUUAAGGUGAUCCAAUGCCCACGUCCAGGGUUGUGUUUCGUUUUUCACGGAAUGAUUCUUAGUGCAUGUGAGCAUUUUGCCAUUGAUUUUCUCACAAAACAGGGAUGUGAAAUAUGCGAGGACUGCGAUUUGCUGCUGCAAAUAGGAUCACGACUUCCUCAAAACUAUAUUACGCGCAACUCACGGCUUAGAGGAAAGUGGGGUCCCGAGGAGAAUUCGUCAUAUCUAACAUUUCAACUGAACCGUGGAAAGUCUUUUUGGAUGCAAGUUUUACUGACUGAGGAGUGCUUUUUCAUUUCAGUGAAUGGCUAUCAUUUUGGUAAAUAUAUUCACCGUAUGCCGUAUCGGUGGCUGGAAGCUGUUGACGUCCUUGGCGAAGUCUCCGAUAUUGUAAUAGAUACAUAUCACGUAUCAGAGUAUCCUAUACGGCUAACCCAUUCAUUGCCUCGACCAAUUCCUCAUUUAUACGACACGGCAGUAACAAAAUUUCUUCAGGAUGGGGAGAACCUGGAAAGUGAAUGGAUGGUGCUAUCCUCUCUAGCAAACAUGUCGUCUAAAAAGAACUUUUAUAAGUCAUGUCUCCCCCUUCCAUUUUAUGGAAAACUGUUGGAAGAUGACGUCCUCGUUGAAGGACGCGCACUUCGAAUCGAAGGUCGCGUUCGUUUAAUGCCUCAAAGAUUUAGUAUAGCCUUCCAGAAAGGUCAGGAAAUUUGGCCGCAACCCAUAGUGUCGUUCUAUUUCAGCCCCUGCUUCUUGCGAAGUAGACAUGAUAAAGUGGGUAAGGCUAUAAUCACACGACGUGCCUAUUUAAAUGGUGAGUGGGUGAACUGUACGGUGUCGCGUCUAAAUACGAGUCUUAGACCAGGUGGCGCCUUUGUCAUAGUAAUUGUAUGCCGAGAUAGCUACUAUGAACUCUUUGUGAACAACAAAUCCUUGUUUCAUUUUAAGUAUCAGAUGAAGCCAGAUUGUGUUGAUAUUGUGAACAUUCGUGGAGAUAUCAAGCUUUGGGAAGUGGUCAUCGAAGGCAGCAAAAUGAUUAAAAAGCAACAACGAGCCCGAACGGCUAUGGAACGAGCUAUAAGUGCCUGGAAGCGCAUUGAAGACCCCCAACUUAAAAUUUAAGUGUUUUAGCCACAUCCUUUCUGUGGAGGUCAAAUAUUAAACCACUAUUCAAAAUA